AUGAGUAGUAACGGAGCUGACGUUUCGGUAAAAGAAGAAAGGAAGACAUCUGAAAAUGAAAAAUCAUCAUCAACUGCAAAAAUGAGUGGACCUAUGCAAACUGUUGCUUCAGAAACAGCAGCAAGAAGUUCGGAUGCGGUUGAUGUACUUGCUCGGGAGGCGGAAAAUCUUCGGAAAAAACUUGAAAUAGAAAGACAGAAAUUGAAUGAUGUUUCCAUUGAGCAAGCUGCAGAAAAAUUAGAGCCUUUGACACAGCUGAAUAUCAAACAGCGUCGCAUAUUGAAAGGUCAUGCUGGUAAAGUGCUUUGUAUGGAUUGGUGCUUAGAUAAGCGACAUAUUGUAUCUUCAUCUCAGGAUGGUAAAGUAAUCGUGUGGGAUGGUUUUACAACAAAUAAAGAACAUGCAUUGACGAUGCCAACUACAUGGGUAAUGGCAUGUGCGUACUCUCCUAGUGCCCAAAUGAUCGCCUGCGGGGGUUUGGACAAUAAGUGCUCAGUCGUGCCACUCAGCUUUGAUGAUGAUAUUUUACAGAAGAAGCGAUCUGUUGCGACACAUACAAGUUAUAUGUCGUGCUGUACUUUUCUUAAAUCUGAUAAUUUACUUUUAACUGGUAGUGGUGAUUCAACAUGUGCUAUAUGGGAUGUAGAAAGUGGUCAAAUGAUUCAAAACUUUCAUGGUCAUGUUGGUGAUGUUUUCGCAAUUGACGUGCCAAAAAGUGAUACGGGCAAUAUUUUCAUUUCUGGGGGAGCAGACAAGCACGCACUAGUUUGGGAUAUAAGAACUGGGCAGUGUGUACAAUAUUUUGAAGGGCAUGAAGCUGAUAUUAAUACACUUAGAUUUCAUCCCAAUGGAGAUGCAUUUGCCACGGGUUCAGAUGAUGCCUCUUGCCGAUUGUUUGAUUUGCGUGCUGAUCGGCAAGUUUGCAUUUACGAAAAAGAAUCUGUCUUGUUUCCAGUGAAUGGUGUCGACUUCAGUUUAAGUGGUCGCAUACUCUUUGCUGGCUACAGCGAUUAUCGUGUUGGAGUUUGGGACUCAUUGAAAUGUGUACGACACACCGUCCUGUACGGUCAUGAAAAUCGGAUUUCCUGUUUGCGGACAAGUCCAGAUGGCACUGCUAUAUGCUCUGCUAGUUGGGAUUGUACGAUACGAGUAGGUUCCCGAAAAUAUGGGCAUGAACUGCACUCAACAAACCACAGUACGGAUUUCUUCAUACUUCAUCCAUAA